UGGCAUGGAAGAAAAAGAAAAUAUUUGAAAUCGGCGCUAAUGUGUGAAACUGUAAUUGCUUUUACCAAACUUUCGACAUUUUGAAACCAAAGCCAUUCUGGAGGAUAACAUUGACAAAUCUUUAACAUGGUCCAGUUAUUUUACUAUGAAAGCAGGGGCAAAUGUUGCCGGAAAGUGUUCAGUUAUGAGGGCUAUCCGACGAAAGUCCUACUUUACCCAUAUGAAGGGUGGGCACAACCCGCUAUGAUCUCUUAUUGGUUGCUGAAGACUUACUGGUGGAGUAGAACGCGGUGCAAGAUAGUGGAGGUGACAGGCACCAAAAAGAUGGCCACCAGAGGUAAAAUGAUCGACAAGGGAAACGGCGUUAUGUGGAUAACUGGCAAAUUUAAAGAGACUAUCAAUCCAGACUUUAAAAUGGCUUUAACAACAAAUGUGAGCAACUCAGAUUUCCAGCUUGGUUACAGUGUCACGGGAACGCUAGAAAGGGGAGAUAAACGAAAAGGAGAGUUCCAGUUAACUCACUACGCAAUGGUGAAAAGAAAGGGAUAUUGACGGACAUCAAAUUAACAAAAUAUACUGGGGUGGUGUAUUAUACACACAUAAACACACAUGCACACACCCAUAC